GCACGCACCGCACCGCCAACCUAACUCAUUUGAAUCGUCCUGAAAGCGCCACUUUUGUGGAAAGUUGUACGCCCUUUUCUUUUUGGAUUUAGCUAAUGCUAAAAAAGCAUCUCCACCCUUGACCCCCACGUGGCACCAAAUUCCUGUAAAAAAAAACUUAGAAAUGUCGCCUGACUGUCGCUUUAAUGUCCCCACUCCUCUGUUCUUCCUCCGUCUCCUCCUACUUAAACCUCUUUCUGGCAUUGCAGAUUGAUCAUUCCAUGCGCCACAACCUUCCUCCUUUUGUUUUUUUUAGUAAAAGGAAAACAUUGAAUUACCUUUAGUUUUGUUUCUAAUAUCUUGAUUGUUUGUUAAUCGAGCAUGGCGGCGGCUAGCAGGAUUUCACGUUUGCUUUCUCGUUCAUUGGCUUCUUCUUCUUCUUCUUCUGCUCUACUUUCUAAAGGGAGGAUCUCUGGAGUGGGCAGAGUGGUUUCUUGUUACAGCACUACUGCUGCUGCUGCUGUUGAUAACCCAAGUACUCCUUCGGUCAAAGUGAACUACACUCAGCUUUUAAUUAAUGGGAACUUUGUUGAUUCCGCAUCAGGUAAAACUUUUCCAACAUUAGACCCCAGGACAGGGGAUGUUAUUGCUCAUGUUGCUGAAGGUGAUGCUGAAGAUAUAAAUCGAGCAGUUUCUGCUGCCCGCAAGGCAUUUGACGAAGGACCAUGGCCAAAGAUGACUGCUUAUGAAAGAUCAAUGGUAUUGUUCCGAUUUGCUGAUCUUAUUGACAAGCAUACUGAGGAACUUGCAACACUAGAGACUUGGGAUAAUGGAAAGACAUAUGAACAGGCUGCUAAGAUUGAACUACCAAUGAUCUCACGUCUUAUUCGGUACUAUGCUGGUUGGGCAGACAAGAUUCAUGGUCUUACAGUUCCAGCUGAUAGUCCACACCUUGUGCAAACCAUACAUGAACCAAUUGGUGUUGCUGGUCAAAUUAUUCCAUGGAAUUUUCCUCUUCUCAUGUUUGCUUGGAAGGUUGGACCUGCCUUAGCAUGUGGCAAUACUAUCGUUCUUAAGACAGCAGAGCAGACACCAUUGUCUGCUCUUUAUGUAGCCAAGCUACUUCAUGAGGCUGGACUUCCUCCAGGUGUUCUAAAUGUGGUUUCAGGUUUCGGUCCAACUGCUGGUGCUGCUCUUGCUAGUCAUAUGGAGGUGGAUAAGCUUGCUUUCACUGGAUCAACUCAAACUGGAAAAGUUGUCCUCGAGUUGGCUGCAAAAAGCAAUCUUAAGCCUGUAACAUUGGAGCUUGGAGGAAAAUCACCUUUUAUUGUAUGCAAGGAUGCUGAUGUGGACAAGGCAGUUGAGCUGGCCCACUUUGCUUUGUUUUUUAAUCAGGGACAAUGUUGCUGUGCUGGAUCUCGUACAUAUGUACACGAGAAUGUGUAUGAUGAGUUUUUAGAGAAGGCAAAGGCACGUGCAUUGAAACGUAGUGUUGGUGAUCCAUUCAUGGCAGGAAUUGAACAAGGUCCUCAGAUUGAUUCAGAACAAUUUGAAAAGAUCCUGAGGUACAUAAGAUCUGGUGUUGAUAGUGGAGCAACUCUUGAAACCGGAGGGGAGAGGAUUGGGAGCAGGGGCUACUAUAUUCAGCCCACUGUCUUCUCCAACGUAAAGGAAGACAUGUUGAUUGCAAAGGAUGAGAUAUUUGGUCCAGUUCAGUCUAUCCUGAAAUUCAAGGACAUCGAUGAGGUUAUUCGGAGGGCAAAUACUAGCACUUAUGGAUUGGCUGCUGGUGUGUUUACACAAGACAUAGACACUGCUAACACCUUGACUCGGGCAUUGAAAGUUGGAACAGUGUGGGUCAACUGCUAUGAUGUGUUUGAUGCAGCUAUUCCAUUUGGUGGGUACAAGAUGAGUGGACAGGGAAGAGAAAAGGGUAUUCACUGUCUGAGCAAUUACUUGCAAGUGAAGGCCAUUGUCACUUCCUUGAAGAAUCCAACUUGGAUAUAAAAUCCCUUCUGCCAACUCUACUUUUGUCUUUCUUUACUACCUCUGUUUUUCUUUACUGAAAGAGAAGCUUGCAUGAAUAAUUGAGGUAGUAACUGAUUUUAUCAUGAUAAUUUAUGGUGGCUGUAGAGAAUUUGGUGAAUUUUUUAUGAUGAUGAAAAAGUAAAAUAUUUUGGAAUAAAUUGACCACCAUAUUUUUAAUUUAAAAUAAAAAUAAUCAUUUGACGCUAUAUUUAGAUACAAAUAUCUUUUCUUGCUAUUUUUCAAUAACCUGUCUGUAAUUUUCAUAAGAUGUCUCAAAACUUAUUUUUCUUAUUUAAUUUCUUGUUUUUGUCCCAAUAAUAUUAUGUUUGAUUAA